UUGGCAGCUGAUUAAUACGGUUCAUAGAUGGCAGUCCCUAUUUAUACACACAAGACACAGGACAUAACAGAGCGGUAGAGAGAGAGAGAGAGAGACAGAAAGAGAUGGAAGGCGAUGUCGACAUGGCCGGGGCUGAAGAUGGAGCUGUCAUGGAGCUGGACAGCAUGAAGAAGAGGUUGAAAGAGAUGGAGGACGAAGCCGCCGCUCUUCGUGAAAUGCAGGCCAAGGUCGAGAAAGAAAUGGGUGCCGUACAAGAUCCUGCUGCAGCAGCUGCAAGUCAGGCAAAUAGGGAGGAAGUAGAUUCUCGUUCAGUGUUUGUUGGGAAUGUGGAUUAUUCAUGUACCCCUGAGGAAGUGCAGCAGCAUUUUCAGUCUUGUGGAACAGUUAACAGAGUCACUAUUCGGACCAACAAGUAUGGCCAACCAAAGGGGUAUGCCUAUGUGGAAUUCCUUGAAACAGAAGCUGUUCAGGAGGCUCUGCUUCUGAAUGAAUCUGAACUUCAUGGCCGCCAAUUGAAGGUAUCAGCCAAGCGUACUAAUGUCCCUGGGAUGAAGCAGUUCCGUCCACGGCGUCCCAACAACCCUUAUAUGGGUUUCCGAUCGAGGAGUGCAUAUGUGCCACCUUAUUUCUACAAUCCAUAUGGAUAUGGGAAGGUUCCUAGAUUCAGAAUGCCUAUGCGUUAUAGCCCUUACUACUGAAACUUGAGGUUUGCUUGAGACAAGAAUACUCAGUUUAUAGAAAAAUUACAUUCUUAGUGUUCUCUUCUCUCUCCUUAACAUAUGCAGGAUGAUCUUUUGCGUAAGAUUAUAAUCUUUUGAAGUCUUGGGUCAUGAGUAGACUCGCUUGACAAUGAGCACUUAGUUGAGGGUGAUGGUCAUUGUAAUUAUGAUGGUUGAUCCUACCGCGAUGUUGAGUCCUUUUUAAUUUUUUUUUAAAUUUUUAUGACAAAUUGGAUUGUAUGGUGAGCUCUUAUUGCAUGACUCUCUUUUUGCAUCAAAUUGACUCCUAGUAUUUGCUCCU